AUGGAAUCUGUGACCGAUGAGCUUCUUCAGGAAUGGGCGGCCAGCUCACAGCUUCUCUACUACACCGUCGUCGUCGUUUCAAUUCUCACACUACCCGCAUUGAUAUUCGUGUUCUUCCUAUUGAGAAAAAGCACGAGAACCGUGUAUUUAGUGUUUCUCGAAGCGAUUGUCUGUGGAAAUUUUAUGCUUUUGGCAACAAUUUUCAGCAACGUCAUUUCCGAUCAAAAAUUUCGAUUUUUAGCUGAUUUGAUUCCGGGAGUCGUCAUAUGCAAAUUGAGCGCGUUUCUCGUCAAUUCCUCAUCAUUCUUCGUACACUGGUCAUGGCGCUACCUUCACGUGUAUUAUCCAUUCAAAGCGCAUCGAUCACAAGAAAGGAGUAAGCAUAUCAUUUUCGGAAUUUGCGCAUGCUCAGUUAUCAGCCAACUAUGGUCCCCAAUUCUUAUAACCGAGAUCAAAUUGUCGUCAAACUCGGCAAGUGGGUCUUAUUGCGCCGAGGAUCCCAACAUUUUCGGACAUAUGGUGCUCAAGUAUCUGAUUCUCUCCGAAUGCCUACUGGCAUUCUUCGUCCCGUUUCUGCUCACUGUGCUCGCCGACUGCUCAGUGUUGAUCUUCAAAAAUCCGCGCAACCGUCAGAAUUUCACCAGCUUCGCCGUCGUUGGUGUCGAUCAGCUGUUCACCGGCGCUUCCGAUCUAAUGCCACUGAAAAUUGUGCAUCGCAGCAAAAUUGUCGAUCAGCAGCGGAAGCGAACGAAAGCGAUUCGGCGAUGCCUCGUGCUCGCCACCACCACUCUUCUCUAUCGAGCCCAAUAUUUACCGCUUCUCGAUGAAUUCUACAACUUUCGAGAGAGUCUUGACCCGUCGAUUCAACGGAAUUUCAUAAGAGCUGAUGCUCUGGUCUACGUCAUCUACCUCCUCCAAUUCCCCACAGUCCCAUUAUACAUGUAUUGUCUCAAUACCGACUUUGAUAGAAGAAAGUCGUAUGUGCAAUCUUACUUUUAA